CAAACUCACAAACAAACACACACUCGUCCCACAUCAUCUCAAUAGUCAAAAACGCAGGCUCAUCAUUAUUGAGGUACACUGUCGCCGUCCGUUGAUCGGAACAUACCAUUCUGUAAUAAUAAGAUUGAUUAUUAAUGCUGAAAAAAUGAGCUGCAAUGGAUGCCGAGUUUUGCGAAAGGGUUGCAGCGAGAAUUGCAUGCUACGUCAAUGCAUAGAGUGGAUGGAAGACCCUCAAGCUCAAGCUCACGCCACCGUCUUCGUCGCCAAGUUCUUCGGCCGCGCCGGCCUCCUCUCCUUCAUAAACGCCGUCUCCGAAACCCAAAGACCUGCUUUGUUUCAGUCUUUGCUGUUUGAGGCGGUGGGGAGGACUAUAAACCCGGUGAACGGAGCGACAGGGCUUCUUUUGGCUGGGAACUGGAAGGUUUGCCAGGCUGCGGUGGAGAGGGUGAUGAGCGGCGGCGCGUUGGAGCCACUUCCCGAGUACAGUCGUCGUGGUGUUCAUCAUGUUAAGCAACAACGGCGGGAAGAGCGCUAUUUCUCCAAGUACUCGAACAAAAGGAGACCGGCGUUGUUGGCUUCCGGACACGUCGGUGAUGACGAACGGCCUGAUCUUGAUCUUAGUUUGAAGGCAUCGUCGGAGUUGCGUAGACAUGAUCAUGAUAGAGCAGCAACGCCGUCGUCUGUGGAAGGCUCGGAAACAUCGACGUUCUCAAGAAGUGGUUCGUCGUCGGCAGAUUAUACAACUAAUGAUUUAGAGGGAACAAAGCUUCUGAGACUAUUCGUUUGAGGCGAUUAAAUCAAUCUUUAUAUGUGAUCGAUGUUCUUCAGUUUUCCCUCAUUGAUCUUAUUUCAUUUUAAUUUUGUUUUAAUAAGAUAUAAGAUAUAAAUGUAGUACUUUAACGACUUUGCAACCUCUUGUGCAUGGCUGUUUUUUGACCUUUCAUCCUCCUGGAUUCGAUCGAAUGAAUUGGAAGUCUUCGUACC